GUUCCUGUGUACUUUGUGUUUCACUCCGGGCUCAAUAUCUGGACACACUGUUCGCCAGCUGAUUUGUAACAGUGCGGACGUGUACAUUAAUUGUAAUCUUUGGCGUGCUUUAUUUUUCCCAUUGGAAAAUCAUAUCAACUCGUGUUUAAUACAAUAUAGGAUUUUUAAAGAAAAAAUGGCCACCGUUGAGGAACUGAAGCUGCGAAUCCGUGAGUUAGAAAAUGAACUAAUAAAAUCCAAACAGAAGCAAAGUGAUGCUGAACAUCAUCUCAGACCAAAGAUAGAUAAAAUGAGUGCUGAAGUCGUAGACUCAAAUCCAUACAGUCGUCUGAUGGCACUCAAAAGGAUGGGCAUAGUUCAAGACUACGAGAAAAUCCGCUCGUAUACUGUGGCAGUGGUGGGAGUUGGAGGAGUGGGGAGUGUCACUGCAGAAAUGCUCACCAGAUGUGGCAUUGGUAAGUUGCUGCUGUUUGACUACGAUAACGUGGAGUUGGCCAACAUGAACCGGCUCUUCUUCCAGCCACAUCAGGCAGGGCUCAGUAAAGUUGAGGCUGCAGAACACACUCUUAGGAACAUUAAUCCAGAUGUUGCUUUUGAGACCCACAAUUAUAACAUCACCACAAUGGACAACUUCAUGCAUUUCAUGAACCGCAUUAGUCACGGAGGACUUGAGGAGGGGAAGCCUGUGGAUUUGGUCCUCAGUUGUGUUGAUAACUUUGAGGCUCGGAUGGCCAUUAAUACUGCAUGUAAUGAGUUGGGUCAGAUCUGGAUGGAGUCAGGCGUCAGUGAGAAUGCCGUUUCUGGACACAUCCAGCUCAUCAUCCCUGGAGAAACGGCCUGUUUUGCUUGUGCACCUCCCCUCAUAGUGGCUGCAAAUAUCGACGAGAAGACACUGAAGAGGGACGGGGUUUGUGCUGCCAGUCUGCCCACCACAAUGGGAGUGGUCGCCGGGCUCCUUGUGCAGAAUGUCCUGAAGUAUCUGUUGGGGUUUGGGACAGUGAGUUAUUACCUGGGCUAUAAUGCCAUGCAGGAUUUCUUCCCGAGCAUGGCAAUGAAGGCCAACCCACAGUGUGACGACAGACACUGCAGACGACAACAGGACGAGUACAAGAAAAAAGAAGCAGACCGGCCAAAGCAGGAAGUGGUACAGGAAGAAGAGGAAGUGGUGCAUGAGGACAAUGAAUGGGGCAUUGAGCUGGUGUCAGAGGUGUCAGAGGCAGAGCUUCAGGACGCAUCAGGACCGGUACCAGAUCUGCCGGAGGGCAUUACUGUAGCCUACACCAUACCUGAGAAAGAUGGAGCAUCAGGGGAGACGGUGGAGGAAACCGAUCAGAGUUUAGAAGAGCUGAUGGCUCAGAUGAGAAAGAUGUAAGGGAAAUGACAUCCUUGAACUCAGAAAAAAACUCUCCCACAUAUACACUAAAGACAAACUCAUUAUUUUGUACUUACAUACAUGUAACAUCUGAGGUCUCAUACUAAAUGAGUUUGGAUUUAGUUUUUUUUUUUUUUUCUGUUUUUGCAAGCAGCCUGUAACAC